AUGGCGCUGGAGACAUCCAGCGGGUAUGCCGCUCACAGCAACCUGCUUGAGCCUCCGGACUCGUUGGCUAUGUUCGAUGUCAAGCAUGUCCAGCUUCAGUUCCCCCUGGCUGCCGACUUUGUGGCCGCGCAGGUAGCCGAUAACGUUCUAAUUCUCGCCUUAUCGACCGGUCGCAUCCUGCGGAUUGACUUGAAUAACCCUGAACAUAUUGAUGAUGUCGACCUCCCGAAGAAGUCGUCGGAGAUAGGCGUAAUACGUCGGAUGUUUUUGGACCCUUCCGCUUCCCACUUGAUCAUCACCACAACCUUGGGCGAGAACUACUACCUCCACACGCAGUCACGGCAGCCGAAGCCAUUGUCGCGACUCAAAGGGCUUCUAAUCGAGAGCGUCGCAUGGAGCCCCUCGCUUCCGACAGCAUCUACUCGAGAAAUACUACUGGGCACGACUGAUGGCCAAGUAUGGGAAACCUAUAUCGAACCAUCUACCGAGUUCUAUCGCCGCGAGGAACGAUAUGCCACUUCAAUAUAUAGAACAUCGGACGCGUCACCGGUAACGGGUGUAUGGGCGGAGUCGGUGACUUCGAAGGCUGAGCAGAGGCGGGUAUUGGUGGCAACACAUGGCAGGUUGUUGUGUUUCCUGGGGCGCACUGGAAGGUCUGGUAGAGAGGGCGGUGGUUCUAUAUAUGCCGACCUUCUUCAAAAGGAAACCCCCGUUGUUCAUGAGAUCGAGCGGGCGUCUGGUUCUGCACCUUCGGCUCUGGCCGUUUCGCCGCCUGGAUCUGACGCACCUCGCGUGGAUGGCCAGCCGGAGAAAGAGUUUGCAUGGCUCAGUUCUGAGGGUAUAUAUCAUGGUCUACUUCCAUACUCUAAAAAGCUGGAACAGCCGUUUGAAGGAUCUACUAUGCUUUCACGGUCUAUUUUCCCGGCGACGGAAUCCGCGCGUGGAGGCAAGAAGCUGAUUCAGAACCCAAUAACCGCGAUGACAUUAUCGGAAUGGCAUAUUCUAGUCCUUGUCGAGGGUAGAGUUGUCGCUGUUAACCGCAUGAAUGAUGAGAUUGUCUUUGACCAAGAGGUUCUGGAACCUGGCCAGGGGGCUCUGGGUCUUGUAACCGAUGCUAUGAAAGGCACCUACUGGCUGUUUACGGGUCAAGACAUUUUUGAAAUUUGUGUGCAGGACGAGGCCAGAGAUGUUUGGAAGAUCUUCCUGCAAAAACAGCUGUUUGAUCAAGCCCUUCAAUAUGCUCACACGAGCUCUCAGAAGGAUGCUGUUGCUACGGCGUCGGGCGACUUUCUUGCCAGCAAAGGCCGGUAUCUGGAAGCCGCCGGCGUCUGGGGUAAGAGUAGUAAAGGGUUUGAAGAUGUCUGUCUAACGCUUAUCAAGCGCGGUCAGCACGAUGCUCUACGGAACUAUUUGCUCUCCCAGCUCUCGGUGUAUAAGAAGUCCUCUUCAAUGCAAAGGACUAUGGUUGCAAGCUGGCUCAUAGAAGUUUUCAUGACUAAAUUGAACUCUCUUGACGACAAUAUCACGACCAAAGCCGAGCUUGCCGAAGGGUCAAGCACCGAAGACAUGGAGGGCGAGCUCAGGACUGUUCGAAACGAAUUCCAAGAGUUCGCGACAAAGUACAAGUCUGACUUGGAUCAAAAGACGGCCUACGACAUAAUCAGCAGUCACGGACGUGAAAAGGAAUUGCUGUUUUUUGCGACUGUGAUCAACGACCACAACUAUGUUCUGUCAUACUGGAUUCAACGAGAAAACUGGACUGAAGCUCUCAAUGUCCUGCAAAGACAGAGUGACCCAGAGGUGUUUUACAAGCACAGCAGCGUUUUGAUGACCCACGCGGCAACUGGGUUGGUCGACAUUUUGAUGCGACAAACGAAUCUUGAGCCCGAGAAGCUUAUACCUGCGUUGCUGAAUUAUAACAACUCCGUUAGUGUGCCGCUGACCCAGAAUCAAGCGGUGCGAUACCUCAACUUCAUCAUCGUCAAUCACCCGAACCCAACUGCUGCAGUGCAUAACACGCUCAUAUCAAUACACGCUUCGAGUCGCUCGUCGUCCGAAGCAGGACUCCUUACCUAUCUCCAGUCGCAGCCAUCCUCCCCUCCUCCUUACGACGCCGAUUUUGCACUUCGGCUGUGCAUCCAGCACCAGCGUGUUCAGUCAUGUAUCCAUAUUUACAGUGCCAUGGGCCAGUAUCUCCAGGCUGUGGAGCUGGCUCUGCAGCAUGAUGACAUCGAGAUGGCGGCCAUCAUCGCGGACCGUCCGGAGGGGAACAAUAAGCUACGAAAGAAGCUCUGGCUCUUAGUUGCGGAGAAGAGAAUCCGGCAACCCGGAACGGGGAUUAAAGACGCGAUUGAAUUUCUUCGCAGGUGCGAACUGCUCCGAAUCGAAGAUCUCAUUCCAUUCUUCCCAGACUUCGUGGUCAUUGAUGACUUUAAAGACGAGAUCUGCACUGCACUGGAGGACUACUCUCGACAUAUUGAUGCGCUACGACAAGAGAUGGAUAAUUCGGCGCAAACAGCGCGGCAAAUACGAUCCGAGAUUGUGGCUCUUGAUACACGAUACGCGAUUGUGGAACCGGGCGAGAAAUGUUGGAUAUGCUCGCUGCCAGUGCUCAGCCGACAAUUCUUCGUUUUCCCCUGCCAGCACGCAUUCCACAGCGAUUGCCUAGGGCGCCAAGUGCUUGAAGGGGCGGGAGGAAAGAAGAAGUACAUUCGAGACUUACAGUCACAACUAAACGAGGGAGCCCUCACUGCGUCUCGACGAGAAGAAAUAGUGAAAGAGCUGGACGGCUUAAUAGCAGAAGCAUGUAUCCUGUGCGGCGACCAUGCGAUCAAACAAAUCGAUAAACCAUUUAUAACCCCGAAAGAUGAUGCCGACGAAUGGGCUCUAUAG